ACUGUCCAAUGGAUUUGGUCCCCUUCAACCAGCUGUAGCUGUGCAUUGAUGGCGCCGUGCGGCCCGGCCGCAGGUCCCGCAGCCGUGGAGAGGACCCAGCAGGCGGCGCGGGGAGAGCCCGGCUCGGCACGUGGUCAGCUCCAAGUCAGCCCUGAAAUGUCCAUUACUCACAAAGAGAAGGAAAAUGCUCAUUUGAAAGAAAUUCUUCUCUUUGUCAAUGCUGAGGCAUUCUCUCAGCCCCAGCCCCACAGUGCUCCAGUGUGUGAAGGGCAACAGCUGACGGGGAAGUUCAGCACAUCUGUGCUGACCAGGGCUGGAGGUGAUGCCAGUCUGUGCAGCUGGGAACGCCUCCUCUGCUAUGGCCGGAGCCACUGCUGAAGGGACUCCACCUGGCACCUGUGCCACCAAUGGCCCCUGAACGGGUAUCCAGGCCCACCCUUAAUAAAGAUGAGCUGCU